AGUCAGAUGGUAAGACUCACGGCCAGGAGUAGAGUGGUUGAAGUUGGUGACAGCGGUUGAAGGCUGACAAAACCAGUUUCAAUCAAUAAAAAGUAAGGAUGUGCGACGAAGAAGACUCGGCGACCCUCAUUUGUGAUAAUGGCUCUGGGAUGGUCAAAGCUGGUUUUGCAGGAGAUGAUGCCCCUCGAGCCGUUUUCCCUUCCAUCGUUGGUCGUGCACGACACCAAGGUGUAAUGGUGGGUAUGGGUCAGAAGGAUGCCUAUGUUGGUGACGAAGCCCAAAGCAAGAGAGGUAUCCUGACCCUCAAGUACCCCAUCGAGCAUGGCAUCAUCACUAACUGGGACGACAUGGAGAAGGUCUGGUACCACACCUUCUACAACGAACUCCGUGUUGCCCCUGAGGAGUGUCCAACAAUGCUUACCGAGGCACCACUCAACCCGAAGGCCAAUCGCGAGAAGAUGACUCAGAUCAUGUUCGAGUCCUUCAACAUGCCCUCCAUGUACGUCUGCAUCCAGGCUGUCCUCUCCCUCUACUCCUCAGGCCGCACCACCGGCUUGGUUUGUGAUUCAGGUGACGGUGUCUCUCACAUGGUGCCUGUCUAUGAAGGUUUCGCCCUUCCCCACGCCAUCCUCCGCCUGGACUUGGCUGGUCGCGAUAUCACAAACUACCUGAUGAAGAUCAUGACUGAACGUGGGUAUUCUUUCACUACGACCGCUGAGCGCGAGAUUGUUCGAGAUAUCAAAGAAAAACUGUGUUACAUAGCACUAGACUUCGAAGGUGAGAUGAACGUCGCAGGUGCAUCCACUUCACUAGAAAAGUCUUACGAACUUCCUGAUGGUCAGGUCAUUACCAUUGGUAAUGAACGUUUCCGGGCUCCAGAGGCGCUCUUCCACCCGUCUUUCCUAGGCAUGGAAUCCGUAGGAGUCCACGAAACCGUCCAUACUUCCAUAAUGAAGUGUGAUAUUGACCUACGAAAAGACCUUUUUGCUAACACGGUACUAUCAGGAGGUACAACCAUGUAUCCCGGUAUUGCUGAUCGCAUGCAAAAAGAGAUGACCAACUUGGCCCCAUCUUCAAUCAAGAUUAAAAUCAUUGCCCCUCCAGAGAGGAAAUAUUCCGUGUGGAUCGGAGGCUCUAUCCUUGGCUCUUUAUCCACUUUCCAGAACUUAUGGAUAACCAAAGAAGAAUACUUGGAAUCCGGGCCGACAAUUGUUCACAGAAAAUGUUUCUAACGCCAAAUAAAUUAAUGAUUGCACCAAAUAAAGAUAAUGAAAUUUA